GUUGAAUUGUGACGUAUGCGCGGCGCGCGCCGUCUCGGGGGUGUGGUGACGCUCGCGCUGGAGCUGAAUAGUAGAGACAGUCAGAGAGACACCGAGCACCGGAGAACCGACGGCAUGGCUUCGUCUCAGGGGAAGAGCGAACUCCGUAAUGCGGACUGGAUGUCAAAUUUACCGGAAAGCAUGCACAGCAUUCCUCUAACUAAUCUCGCCAUACCGGGUUCCCACGACUCCUUCAGUUUCUACAUCGAUGAGGCCUCACCCGUAGGGCCGGAGCAGCCUGAGACGGUGCAGAACUUUGUGUCUGUGUUUGGCACUGUCGCCAAGAAGCUGAUGAGAAAAUGGUUGGCUACGCAGACCAUGAACUUCACCAGCCAGUUGGAAGCAGGCAUCCGCUUCUUUGACCUCCGUAUCUCCACCAAACCCAGAGACCCCGACAACGAGCUCUACUUUGCACACGGCCUGUUCAGCGCCACCGUGCGCGAAGGCCUCGAGCAGAUCAGCAUCUUCCUGGCCUCGCACGCUCGCGAAGUGGUGUUCCUGGACUUCAACCACUUCUACGGAGUACAGAACCUCCACCACGAGAAGCUGGUCCAGAUGUUGCGCACCAUCUUCGGGGACCGGCUCUGCCCGGUGGUGUUUGCUCAAGAGGUAAGCCUGAAGUACCUCUGGGAGAAGGAGUAUCAGGUGCUGGUCUUCUAUCACAAUCCCAUGGCGCUGGAGGUUCCUUUCCUAUGGCCGGGUCAGAUGAUGCCGGCCCCUUGGGCCAAUACCACAGAUCCUGAGAAGCUCAUUCAGUUCCUCCAAGCCUCAGUGAAGGAUCGGAGACGUAAGGGAACCUUUUUUGUGUCCCAGGUGGUUCUCACACCUAAAGCGAGUACCGUCAUGAAGGGAGUGACCAGCGGACUGAGGGAGAUCAUCACAGAGAGGGCUCUUCCUGGCAUGAUGCAGUGGAUCCGCUCACAGCGACCUGGAGAAAGCGGAGUCAACAUCAUCACGGCCGACUUUGUGGAGCUGGGAGAAUUUAUCAGCGCUGUCAUCACCCUCAACUACUACCUGGAUGAUGAAGAAGAGAACGCCACCUGAACCUUCGAAUUUCCCUACUCGCUUGUGGUAUCAAUUACACUUGCUCUUUUACUAUUUGCCUUGUUAUGAUUUGAUUUCAUUCAUUUUUCGAAACAAGCUCUGUUUGUCUCUGACAGUUUAGGGCUGUUAAACCUGCGAGGAUGAGGGUAGAGCGCAGACAGGUGGUCGGGUGGAAUAAUUUCAGGUUUUGUCUGAGGAUAAAUCGAACAGUGAUUUCACUUCUUUCUGGGCAAAAAGAUGGCUGGCCUUUUCCCAUGUUUCUCUAUUGCACCGAUUCACACGCUUAAAACCUAAAUUUCUGACUUCUGCUUCUGAUCGAGUAACAGUAACUCACUUCAUGGGAAAUAAAUAUUGUCUGUACAGUGAAUGUGACUCUAUAGUAGCUUUAUUUCUAGUGGUAAUAGUAACUAGUAUGAUUGUCACGUUGUAAAUACUUGUAAACCUGUUGAAUUGUUUCUCGGCUUACUAUUUGUCAUACAUUACGAGUUGAGGUUCCCUUCAGGGCCUCGGUCUGGUCUUACGAUGUUGAAAAAGUGAACUAUUAGAUGUUUGUAUUCACAACCAAAAAUCGCAAAUGUAUGUUAAUAAGAGUUUUGCCAUCAUUAAUACUAACAGGUCAGGCUUCGUUAUGAGGGGCUGGUCAAGCCAAAAUUCAUUCUAGUCUUCUCACACGCUCACAUUCUCCUUUCGCACACAUACGUUUCUACACUCACUUUUAUCCACCCUGCUGGAGAUGAAAGCAUAAACAAGUUCUCUAAAUCUUGGUUUGACACAAAACAUCGGGAAAAAAAACAUUUUAAUUUUUCAAUCAUUUUUAUAUUAAUGAUAUUCAUGCAUUAAUAUAAAUUAUAUAAUAGCCUAGCCUAUAUAAAUAUAAUAUAGUCUAUGACCCUGCUGAAAAAACAACAGUUUUAGACUUCACGCACUCAUAAUUAAGGAUAAAUAAUUUGGUAAUGACAAUAAGAGUUAAGGGAGUUAUUUAUUAUUCGUAAAAGUAAAAACAAAAUAAUUUACAUAAUGCUGUUUAGCAUAAUUCCCAAACUAAAACUGAGAUAAGUGAAUGCGGCCUCGCAUUCAUAAAAGAAGGCAGUAUUUAUGGUAUAGGCUAUACCCAAAGCAGCGCGCCUCAGAGGAGCGCGUUUUUCCGCAGCCGGCCUCAACAGACUGAGAAACAAACUUACAUUUCGAUAUGAUUUAUUUUUCUCGACAAAGCACGUGUUUUUCCUAUAAAGAAACUUAUCUCGAUGUGGAUGGAGCGUAUUAUAAACUAAAUAUCCAGUGCUUUUGUGUUGCAUAUACCGUAUACGUUCUGCACAGUUAGCCGACUGUGUGUGAACAAUGUUUUUAUUUCAUUUCGAGUUUCAUUGUAAUUGAGAAUCCGUAAAUGUGCAUUAAACAGCCUAAUCAAUUGGAUUUUAUUUUCGUUUGACAAUUUAGCUUAAGAUAGCUGCACGUGUGAGAGUAGAUAUGUAUGUGCGUGAAAGGAAAAUGUGAGUGUGUGAGAGGAAAAAUGUAUGUGUGCGAAAGGAGAAUGUGAGCGUGUGAGAAGACUAGAAUGAAUUUUGGCUUGUACGGCCCCUCAUACUUUGUAUCAACAUUUUUGUAGUAUAGUCCACGAUACUGCAACAAAUCUUUUUGUAUCCGUGAAGAAACAACAUAUUUGUUUGCGUGUGACUGAGGACUGUUAAAAAGCGGACAUUGAAGUUUGCUGACCAGUUAAAUCUAAAUACAGUACAGAAAAAAAACUGUAGUUGUCUUUUAGUGUGGUGAAAUAUCACUUUGAAAUUUAUUACUUAAAGAGAUAGUUUACCCCAAAAUUUAAAUUCAUCAUCCUGUAUGACUUUCUUUCUUCUGCACAAAAGAAGAUAUUUUGAAGAAUGUUGGUAACCAAACAAUGGUGGUACCCAUUGACAUUGGUUUUGUGUUUAUACAAUAGAAGUGAAUGGGUACCGACAUUGUUCAGUUACCAACAUUCUUCAAAAUAUCUUCAUUUGUGUUCUGCAGAAGAAUGAAAGUCAUACAGAUUAAUGUAAAUGGUAAUGUAAAAAUUUGGGGUAACUAUCCCUUUAAUAGUGUACAAGUGGCAUUUUAAUAUAAUUUACUGUAUUUAAUAUUAAUGUUAUUUAUUUUCAGAUUAGGCUAACUAAUUGGCUAAAUGGCCUUGCAAAUAUUUUAAUUACCCAGAUGCCAAUUAAUUAAAUUUGUUCGGUAUGACAUCAUUAAACAAAGUGACUAGUUCACCUACGGUACACUCCAGGCUAGGAAACAUGGUCACCUGAACGUAAGUGUAGCUCAGAGAUUCGCGGGAUCAUUUAUUUAUUAAAGUGUUUGACUCAUGUUGAUUAAUAUGACAAUCCCACACAAUCCCACAGGCAAUCUCCAGCAUGGACCUGAGUGUAAAUGCAUUAAUCAUGCAUCUUUGUACAGUAUGAAACUGCAUGUAGUUGUCAAGGUCGAUGAGCUGUAUGUCUAGCAUUCCAUCACAAAUCUGGUGUACAAUAAAUGUAAAUACUGCAUAUAUACUGCACAGUGUCUUUCUUUCACUAAAUAGCUUGAAUCGUGUAUCUUCAGUAUUUUAAUUGUAUGAUUUUAUUGUGUAUGUGGUUGACUACCAAAUGACUCAUGACUGUUCUGUUGCAAUGCAGAUGUGAAACUAAUUUGAAUAAAUAGCAAUAGAAAAUGUAACAUUUGCGGUUUGCCAAUUCUGUCUCAUUCUGAAGCAGAGAGUAGAGUCCAUGGCCUCAUUACAUGCUUUCUCAAUUACAGCUAUUCAUUGCUGGCAGAAGUCCGCUCAGCUUGUUUUGACAAUGGCACUCCGCAGCUGUGAAAAACUCUCCUCCAUUAUUUCGUGCACUUCAUGCUCACGUAUCAUUGUGAAUUUAUUAGUAGAUGUUCGGCUGUCUAUUUUUUAAGAUGCAGUCAUGUGUUGUUUUUCUGAAAGUGUGACGCCUCUCGCUCUUUGCUGUUUAGCGGUGUCACGGCCAAUAAGUGACCCUUUGAAAAGCACGUGGCCUUGAGUGAAGGUGACUUAAAAUGCAUUUUUAAAUGUCAUGCUAAGUCAUACUGUAUAGAAGCGAGAGGAACAUAAAUCUGUUGUGGGUGGUAAUCAUGAUUGAAUCAUUCUGCAGUUUCAAUUUCUGCCUGAUUAGGAGUGGACAUUGUCUGGCUGGCUGUCUCUUCUGCCAACAGAAUCUCUUCUGUGCUGUACAUGACAGUUGCCAGCAGUGUGAAUAAAAACGCUAAUCAGAAAUUGACCAAAUAAGGCUGGCAUAAACCUCAGAUUUUCUGUCGGCAGUGUAAUUACAAGCAGCGUGCUAGCAUUUUGAAAGCGUUACUAAAGCAAGAUAAGAGUUUCCCUAAUGCGAACACCCUUUCAGACAGACAGCUGAACAAUAUUAGUCAGUUAGCUCAUCUCGGUUUGACAGCAUCCCUUUACAAUUCAUAAUGAGUCGGCAGCUGGAUAAAUUAUUGAGUAUCGAAAAUGUCAAUGUGGUUAACAUUUUCAAAAAUAAUAAAUAUUGCUUUUUGCACCACAAUGCAGGGCAGUUUAAGAUUUCAAGGCAUAAAGACUUGCUCAUGUAUAUCUGAUUCAAAUAUUAUGUUUAUGUUGAACUACAGACAGAAAAAAUAAGAGACCAUUCCAGAUAUCCAUUUUAUCAGUAUUUAUAUUGGGAGUCAUGUGUUUGUUAAAUUUCAACAAAAUCAAACCUCAGGAGUGACAAAGUCAUCCAACAGCAAUGUGAAAGACUGACAACAUGACAAGACACACGAAAAGGUUAUCACAUAAAAAAUCGUUUUAAACUUUUCCUAUACAUGUACAAAUAUUACUGUUGUAUUGCUUAAAAGUGAAUAUGAAAUUGUUUUCUUGGCAGUAUUUGAGGUCUGAAAAAAUACAGAGCGUAUUUUCUAUUAUUUUGACCUGUUUCUCCAGUUUCAUUUUCUGCAAAUAAGUGCAAAUAGAAACAACAGUUUUAUUUGAAAUUUGGUGAAACAUGGUUAAGAAUUAAGAAUGAAUAAUUUUACCUAAACACAUACCAAUAAAUAGUACAUUCAGAAAAUAAUUUUGAAAUGGCCUCUUAAUUUUUUCCGCGGCUGUAUAUCGUUGAUGUGCUUCCGAAACCCGAAACAAGUUGACAAGCACUUUAAAAAUAUUUUUUAUUGUUUAAAUAUUUGCAAAACCCAGAGACAGGGCUGACAAAUAAUAAUGAUUCAUGACAAAAUCACGAAAUAUGGAGGUAUAAGGUUUCAGAAGGACAGCAGCGAUACAGUAUAUGCUAUGCUGAAUCUGUAUAGAAGACUUUUUGCACACUAAAUUUCUACGCCAAUGUUUAUACGCUGUGGUCCAAAAGUCUAAAGGCACAUUGAAAAUAUGUAAAUAAAAAUCUUAUUGUUUUGGAAAGUUUUUGGAAGGUCUCGGAAGGUUUUAGAAUAAAAAAAAUGAAACACUGUGUUGUAACUUUUAAUUAAAAUAUCUGACUUUCACUGCAUCCCAGAAAGAACCAAAUGUGACCCUGGAUCACAAAACCAGUCUUAAGUAGCACGGGAACAUUUUUAGUAAAAGACAAAAAUACAUUGUGUGGGUCAAAAUUAUUGAUUUUUCUUUUAUUUAGAUUUAGAUUUUAGAUUUAGAUUCAAUUUAUUGUCAU